GCAGCUCUAAAAAUUACUACAGCCACCCUUUCUGCCUCCACAUCUUCUCAGUUUUCACACAGGUCGUAGACCACGACGAUAUAACGCGUUUCCUCCUCAAACCUUAUCAAAAAGACCUGUUUGAUUGACUAUUUUCUGCAUUAAGUUCAACUAAGAAACUAGCUUGAUUCUGCUGCUGCUAUGGCGAAAGGAGAGGGAGGAGAACAAUACUCCAACGCCAAUUUAUUGACUAAUAAACCUGUCAGCUCGGAUGGUAUCACGCUCGCCAGGAAGCAUGAGAAUAAGAACCGGUUGUCAGUCUGCAACAAGAUAUGCUACGCCAUCGGUGGUGCACCCUACCAGAUCACAGGAUGCGCCCUGGGAUUUUUCCUGCAGAUCUACCUACUGGAUGUAGCUCAGCUGGAUCCCUUCUACGCCUCCAUUAUCUUGUUUGUGGGCCGAGCAUGGGACGCCGUAACGGACCCCACGGUGGGCUUCCUGGUCUCCCGAAGCCCGUGGACGCGGUUCGGACGCAUGCUUCCCUGGAUCCUGCUCUCAACCCCACUGGCUGUGCUCUCCUAUUUCCUCAUAUGGUAUGUUCCUCCCUAUGAGAGCGGGAAAGUCAUCUGGUACCUUUUCUUCUACUGCAUGUUCCAGAGCCUUCAAACUUGCUUCCAUGUGCCGUACUCUGCCCUCACCAUGUUCAUCAGCUCAGAGCAGAAAGAAAGAGACUCAGCCACCGCAUACAGGAUGACGGUGGAGGUUCUGGGCACUGUUGUGGGUACAGCCAUCCAGGGGCAGAUAGUUGGUAUGGCGAACGCUCCCUGCCUCCCAGGACCCGGUGACAUCAACUCCUCUCUGUCUGUAGGGCUCAAUGACACAGGGCCAGUCAUUUCCCUGGAUGACACGAAACGGGCCUACAUGAUUGCUUCCGGCGUCAUCUGCGUUAUCUAUGUCCUCUGUGCUAUUGUUCUGUUCUUCGGUGUGAAAGAGAAGAAAGAGUCUUCUCGUCCCAGGUCAGAGCCCAUGGGUUUCUUCCAGGGGAUUAAGCUGGUGAUGGGACACGGACCGUACGCCAAACUGGUCAUGGUCUUCCUCUUUACAUCGCUAGCUUUCAUGCUCCUGGAGGGAAACUUCGCCCUGUUCUGCAGCUCCACUCUGGGCUUCAGAAACGACUUCCAGAAUAUACUGCUGGUCAUCAUGCUCUCCGCUACUCUGGCCAUCCCCUUCUGGCAGUGGUUUCUGACUCGCUUUGGGAAAAAGACGGCGGUUUACGCUGGCACCUUGUCUGUGGUUCCCUUCAUGAUCCUGGUGGUGUGUGUGAAGAGUAACCUGAUCGUCACCUACAUUGUGUCCUUUGCUGCCGGGGUCGGAGUGGCUGCAGCCUUCCUGCUGCCCUGGUCUAUGCUGCCUGAUGUUGUCGACGAUUUCCAAGUGCAGAACCCUGACUCCAGCGGCCACGAAGCUCUCUUCUAUUCCUUCUACGUCUUCUUCACCAAGUUCGCCUCUGGAAUCUCCCUCGGCAUCUCCACUCUCAGUUUAGAUUUUGCAGGCUACAUCAGUCGAGGCUGCUCUCAACCAGAGGAAGUGCACAUAACCUUGAAAGUGCUUGUCUCCGCCGCACCCAUAGCUCUAAUCAUAGUCGGCCUGUGCAUAUUGUACUCGUAUCCAAUUACCGAGGAGAAGAGGCAAGGCAACCGCAAACUGCUACAGGAACUGAGGGACAACGAGGCAGAUUCAGAAACAGACUCGACAGAACUUGCCAACAUGGCGUAGUACAUUUUUUCGAGACCCACGGACCAAUCGGGUGAUCGACUGGCAUUUUGCACUGGGCGGGACCAACAUACCUGGGCCCUGUCGGAUCAUACAGAGACACUGCCUUGUCCAAUCACACUGCUGCUGUUCCACGUCUACAAAACUUUAUAGACUCAGAAGUGUCAUCGCUUCAGCCACGCUGAGGCCUCUCUAAAAGACAUCCUACCCUACGCAAUUUGUGACAUUUUCCCAGCAUGAAAUUCCCUCUCCUCUUUUGUUCAGUCAGAUUUCAAAAGCCUUACUUUUUGUAUAGCAUACUACUUUUGAGCACUGUGGAUUCUUUUUUAAAAAAAGAUUGGGUCCUCAUUUGAAAUUGCACAAAACCAUGAAAUGUGAUGGGAGCAUGUUUUGUCAGUGCGGCCAUUAUUGGUGCUACAGUUUCCAUCCUUGUACAUACCACACGGAGCAUUAAUGACCUUGAGCACUGCGCUAAAGACAACUUUUCUAGUUCCCGUCGAUGUGAGAAACUUGAACAAACAGUGAUAACGCCUUAAUAUCUGUUCUGUUUUGGGGUAACAAAAUUCAGAACUGACAAAACUAACACUUGUGCCAGUCACUUGCUCUUGAGUCAUUGACUUGGUGUGAACAUGUUUAAAUGUGUUUUGUAAUUUUACAAUUAAUACUCAUAGUUCACUGGAACCAGUCAGCCAGUUUGUCUGCAUCUCAUUCCCAUCCCACUAGCUUUUUUUUCCUUUUAAGAAGCCGUCAUAAUGUGAUGUUUGAACUCGUGGCGGGACAGUAACAGCUUGUUUUAGUUCCCCACCAUAGUACUGAAACCACUACAAUAGUAAAAGCAGUUAGCUUGCAAUUACAUUACUUACAUUAUCUUAUUUAUAGGACAGCUACUGAAAACGGAAAAAGCUUCUUUUUUUUCUCUAAAUGCUUUCAUUUUCACGGUGACAGAUUUAGUUAUAUCAUUAUUUAAAUAUUUAUUAGUUUUGAUUUUACUGUUUUUGAAUUCAUGUUUUGCUGGAAAGUUGUGCUUCUUGCAGUAUUUAAAUAUAUUUAAGGCCUUGAAGUUUCCAAAUGAGGAAAACGGGGUGGGAAUCACAUUUUAAAACAUUCACACGCCUUUUAAUGCAUGUUGCCAACGCUACUAUCUUUGCUCCGUAAUGCAUUCAAAAAGGGAAGCACUUGAUUAUGGGAAAAAAAGAAGAUUGGAAGAUGGGGGGGGUGGACUUGUUGUCUCCCUUGUGUGUGUGUGUGUGUGUGUGUGUGUGUGUGUGUGUUUGAAUGUUUAUUUUUCUUUGUAUAUACUGUACAUGUGUGUUUUAUGAAGGAGCAACUAGGAUGCUUUGUGAUCAUCUCAAUCCCCGUCAUGAAAAAGUGGAUUGACAUAUUUCAUAUCCAUUGAUAUGGAAAUGUGUACAUACAAUGUCAUAUAUUAUACAUACGUUUACAUCUUCGACAUGUUGUUGCUGACAACUUGGUUGCCGAUGUGAAAAUGUUCAUAUUUCAUUCACUUUAUUCCCUUUUGUUUGUGUGUGGGUUUUUUUUUCCACCUUAAAGGUUCCUUAUAUCUCUAGUAAAGGAUACUGUACAUGCCAAUACGGUGCUAUUCUCACACACUAACCCUGUAAUAAUUGUACUUCCUGUAAAUCUCACCCUGUUUAGUUGUUGCCUGUUUGUGAACUUCCGUCAUGACUCUUGAGGCUGUAGCCAAAUGUGUGAGCUUUAAUCCCACAGGGACACACAGACGCCUUGUGUACAUGCCUCCUGUGCAUAUGUAUAUAUUGUAUGUAAAGACUGUAAAUAUCUUUGAUAUUUGUGGCUGUGAAACGACCCCAUGUACACUGUACUGUAGUUAUUUAAGAAAAAGAUGUGGAAAUUGAAAAAGAUAUUGUUAAUAAAUACUAAUUGAUACGUGUACUGUGAA